AUGGAGUGCGACACUGAUACACCCCCCUAUUGCACCGGAGAUAAAAGCUCAUUUGCCUACGUCUCCGCAAGAGACCGCUGGCCUAUCAUUCUUACUGGAAUCAUUGACGACUUGCACAAGAGUAUAUCUCAAACUACACACGUACCGAAACGUGAGGAGGGUAAAUUAAUCGUCGCUGAAGUGGCUAAACUGAAGUAUGAGUUGCAACACGAUAGACCAUUAAUUCCUCUUUGCGAAGAUGGACAGCAUGAUAUCGCUGAAUACAAUGAGGAACUUGAAAUAAUGGGAAACCCAUCUUGGUUCAAUACACCUUGGCUAUUUGCAGAAUGCUACCUCUACAGACGUAUCGCAACUUACUUUACCCUCUCAGAGCAUUGGAAGGAAUAUGAUGUGUUCGCCCAAAAGAAGAUAUCCACCUUUCAUUCAUCUCGUCCAGCUGUUCUGGAACUUGCCUUUCGUUAUCGCGAAAUAAUUCUAAAAAUAAGAGAAAAUGCUAUGGACUCUGAGGGAAUAGUUUCUUCGGAAAGAAUUUUAUUCAAUGAGAUCUUUGAGUUAUGCUUGUGGGGUAAUGCUACUGAUUUAUCGCUGUUGACAUCCUUAAACUACGAUGAGAUUCAGAAAUUGCAAGGCCUCCAAGCAAGGAAGUGCUCUAAAAAUAAUAUACUAAUCAACGACCUUGAGUCAGUCUACGAUUCCCUGGAAAAAAGGAGAAAAACACAAAGCCCCAAUAGAAAGGUUGAUAUCGUUUUGGACAAUGCAGGCUUUGAAUUAUAUGUUGAUCUUAUUCUUGCUGGAUUUCUUCUCGCCACGGGCCUAGCUACCAAGAUAGUUAUGCACGCCAAAUCGAUUCCAUGGUUUGUUUCCGAUGUUUUGCCAACAGAUUUUUCGGGCCUCCUCAAGGCACUUGCUACUUCACAGGAGUUCUUUUCGGCGCUUUCAGAAGAUGAGAAGGUUUUGGAGAAAUGUCCGGAGCCAUUAUCUCAGGAGGAGGUCGAGGUACUUUUGUUCCUUUUUGAAGAUUGGAACCAUCUACACACCGACGGUAAAAUAGAACUUUGCACAAAUAGGUUUUGGACUCAAGGCGGCAGCUUUUGGCGCCUCCCAUCCCAGAAUCCACAACAUCUAUUCCACCAAUUAAAAAAGAGUGAACUAGUUAUAUUUAAGGGUGACCUUAACUAUCGUAAAUUGACAUGUGAUGCCACGUGGGACCCUACGACACCAUUUGCAGAAGCUCUUGGUCCGAUGGGUCUAGGAUCCGGAGUAAAUGUACUCGCGCUCAGGACAUGUAAGUCGGACGUGAUUGUUGGGCUCAAGGCUGGCGAAGAUGAAGAGUUGCGCAAUACUGUCGAAGGCGGAGGGGAUACAGGUGCGAGAAAGUGGGCCUGGACGGGCAAGUGGGCUGUUAUUUCGUUUUCUCAGUCGAAACCGUGUGUAGCUUAG